AGGGUUGGUUGGUGGAGAGCUCCUCCUACAAUAGACUGUGUGCCUCUGAUUUUUCUUCAGCAUUCCAAGUUUUAGCAGCCAUGGCACUUACGCUUGUGUUCUCCUCUCUCCUCGUUUUCUGUCUCAAUGGCGUGAGCUCCGAUUCAAGCUACUUCACCUCCUUGUUUACUCUCGGAGAUUCCUACUUUGACACUGGCAAUUUCCUGAUCAUGGCUGAUCCGGCGAUACCCGAGUAUAAUGGCAACCCACCCUACGGCAUGACCUUCUUUGGCCGCCCCACUGGCCGCCUCUGUGAUGGGAGAGUCACCGUCGAUUUCAUCGCCGAGCAGUUUGGUCUGCCACUUCUUCAAGCCUCCAUGUUGAAUAGCUCGGACGUGUCUAAAGGCGUAAAUUUUGCUGUGGGUGGCGCGACAGCGAUCGACAUCGACUUCUAUGAAAGGAGCAAACUGGUUCCGUACAAGCUUUUGAACAAUUCUCUAAACGUACAGCUGGGCUGGUUUGAGGAACUCAUGCCGGAAAUUUGCACCGCAGGGCGCAGAUAUUGCUUCAGUAACGCCCUCUUCUUCGUUGGGGAGUUUGGAGUGAAGGACUACGACUUGUUGUGGAAUGCCGGGAACACGGAAGAUGAAGUGCGGUCUUAUGUACCAAAAGUUGUGAAAAUUAUUGUCAUGGCCGUGGAGAGGCUUAUCAGCGAAGGUGCAAUAUACGUGGUUGUGCCUGGGAAUCCUCCUAACGGGUGCUCACCCAUCGUGCUAGCGACACGCUCAAGCCUCAGCAAGAUGGAGGACUACGACCAUAUUGGCUGCCUAAGAGACAUCAACCACGUGGCAAGGUACCACAACUUUGUCCUCCGUGAGGCGCUGGGCCAUCUCAAGGGCAAGUACCCCCAUGCGAGGAUCAUCUUCGCCGACUUCUACAACCCAAUAAUCUCAAUCCUUGAAAAUCCUAGCCAUUUCGGAGUCGCCGAUUCUGAUGCUCUACGGGCUUGUUGCGGAGGCGGCGGGGAGUACAACUGGAAUACUAGCGCCAUAUGUGGCAUGCCAGGCGUGACUGCCUGCAAGGACCCCACAACAUACGUGAGCUGGGAUGGAGUUCACUACACCGAGGCCACAUACCAGUACAUUGCCAAUGGAUGGCUCUAUGGUCCUUUCGCCGAUCCGCCUAUAAUGUCUGCUAUUAGCUACACGCAAGAAGACUUGAUUAAAAAUAUUACAAGCAACAUAAGGAGUUCACGAAUAUAUUAACAUUGUCUUUUAGAAGGAAUCUUCCAUAUUUUCCACUGCAAGAAUCUUUGGACAUGUGUAUUUUCGUCGUUUUCUAUUGCAUGAACCUGAACUAUUUGACACCAUUAAGGUAUGGCAUGUAAUAAAUGACCUUCAAGGUUUAUUCGUA